UGAAAACGAUAAUAAUUAAAAUUAAAAGAUUUGCUGAAAAUGGAGUUCUGAACUACAAAGCCUUUGCUAGCAACGGAAAAGUCCCAAAGAAGCUUCGAAACAUAUGCUGAUUAUAAAAUUUCACCGGAUGCUUUACUUGAAAUUGUUGAAACUAUGAAUGUAAACCUCACAUGUGAUUCUAGCAAGCUUGAUGACUCAAAUCAGUCUGAUCAUGGUAUCUUUACCAUCUCUCAGAUUCCUGCUUUUCAGACCUCUUCACAGUACUUCACCCUCUCCUCUCCCUCCCAAUCGCCCACUUACCAGACCCUCUGUUUCCCUUCCCCCCAAAACCCCCUCCUCCACUGCACCUCCCCCACACGCCCUCUCUUCAUCAUCGGCACACAAAUAUACUUCCCCACACAAAAUCCAGAAAUUUGCACUAAAAUCAGUAUGGAUUGAGAGACACAAGAUUUCAUUUAAAAUCGAGGACAUUGCUCAUGAUGCAAAAGAAGUCAUUGAUACUCAAAAGACUGAUAAAGGACUGUUGAUUGCUUGUAAAGUAGAUUUAAAUGCAAAUGAUAAUUUUAUCAAAAAGCUUCUAACUUGUAAAAGAAGACGUGAAGUUCCUGGAGUUAAAAUAAUUAACCUUCAUCUCAAACAAGACAACUCGUCAUCGAAAGAUAAGAAUUGGAAUGAGAUCUUUACUAUGAAUAAUAAUGCUCAAGAGCAGAUGAUAACUCUCCUUCCAGGAAUCAGGGAUAUUCAGUGAAUCAAAUACAUCAGUGAAGAUACAAUUUUAAUUGUUCCUUCAGGUACCCAAGACAUCAUCCAAUUUGCUUGUAACCAAGAGGGAAAAUUAGAGAAAAUAAAACAGUUUUCUCCCCAAAUAGACAAAUCUUUUGUCAUUAGCUCUAUGUUUUACACAAACGAAGCAGGAAUCGAGGAGACAAAGGACGAAAAUAUCCCAGAAUUUCUUACCUUAUUGUCAGAAGAUCAAGAUUCAAUAGCAGUUCUUGAUUUUGAAAAUUUAGAACAAAAUAAGUUAAUCGCAGAUCUAGAAGGGUUCAAAUUUUGAUGCAUUGAGGACGGCUCAAGACUAUUAGUAAUCAAAACCUCUACAGGGCCAAGACCAAAGAUUUAUCUCGAAGAGAUAGAGUUUCCAAGAGAUAAAGAAAGAGCUAUUAAUAGAAUUAUUUUAGAAGGAAAGUUUUCCUUAGCUUUCAAAAUGGCUGACCAAUUAUCAGACUCCUCAAUAUUAGAGAUGAUUAAGUUGAAGGAAAAGUGGGAGAAGUCAGAGAAACAUUUGGAACAAAUUGAGGCACUCUUGUUAAAGAUUAAAGAUGAAGAAUAUAUCUUACACCAAUGCCUCUCAAAUGUCGUCCCGCAGAAAAACCUCCUGAAACAUGAAGCUUUAGAGUGUCUCAUGGUUCAAAAGGAGUUGGUCAGAGUCGGGUUUGAGAUACUCUCAACUCCAAAAAUAUUAGAUCCGAAUUCAGGGAAAAUAUUGACAGAAUUGAUCUCCAAAGAGGAUAAAAUAUCUAAAUACGAAAUUAUCCUGGAAGCUUUCAAAGAAGAGAGUAAGCAAGAGGUUAUUGACUGGGAAAGUUAUUCCUACUUCACAUUCAUGGAUAGUAUUUACUACCUCAAUGCUGUCUGUCUCUCAGAAGGAACAAAGAUUGAGAAUAUCCUAAUCAAGCUUAAAGAAUUAAAUCUUCAGGAAUAUUAUUUAUACUACUAUAAUAUUCUGAAAGCUAUUGACACUAGUCUGGUCAAUGAUAAGUUCAACAAACUGAUCCUUCCUCAAGGAAAAGACACUUUAGAAGGGACAAUAGUGUUGAAAAGAGGAGAUCUUGACCUUAAUUACGAUCCUCUCCCGUAUCAAAUCAUAGCAAAGAGGAUAUUCUUAGAGGAGAUUAGCCCAAAUAAGGCUUUCAAUCUUCUAUUAUUAGGAAUACAAAGAGAAAUCAACUUUCUUGAUUAUGAUGCAGUAUCUGCUUUUGAAAUAUCAGAGAUAUUUAAACUCAAUAAACUGAAAAAGGUUAUCUCAACGACAAAGGAGAUAAAGAGACUGGUUAAUUUCAAAAACUCUUUCCAACGCUUUUGGUAUUUAAUUAAACAUGAACAUUUUCUUGAGAACUAUUUCAACUGCAUUGCAGAUAUUAUAGCUUAUACAGACAAUGAUAGAAUUUAUCAGGAUAUCUAUCUUCAACACCUAAGAUCCUACAUUGGUCAAGAAGAAGGUAUUGACUUCCUUAGAGUGCUGCUGAGCAAAAUGUGAUCUACCACUCUCUUCUUUGAGGCAGAAGAAGGGUGUGACUUUGUUGUCUCAGAGCUAUAUAAGAUUACUGUAAAAGACUUACCUAAGGUUCUUGAUCUAUGCUCUCUUCUUUCUAAAUUUGUCAGAAUUAAUUCCAUCUCGUCACGAAGUGACGAGAGGAUUAAAUGGUGAAAACUGUGAGGCAUUGCAGAGGUUUUAGAAUCUUAUGCAAUUACCCAGACAAAGACUUUUGGAAAUCUACAUGAGAUAGUAACUCUUCCUUAUUCUGAUGAAAAGACAGCUGAGGUAGAUAAGCUCAUCUCUCUUAUUAUUAAUGAAGCCUCCACUUCCUCGGGGGAAACACAUGGAAGCUAUUUGCAGGAUGAUAAAUUAUUGAUGUCUUUAAACGAUUCUCUAACUCUUCAGAGAAUGAUCGAAGGUGAAGAAAGAGUAAGCGACUGAGUCAAAGUCUAUGCUGAGGUUGUAAUCACACAGAAGAAGUAUGACUUGAUCAGAGCAAUUCAGAGACAAGAAGAUAGCGAUCUUUAUCCGAUGUUCGAGGAGCAACUUUUGCACAGAAUGCAGAAAGAAUAUUUUGAGAAAUCUUUAAAGUUUGACAACAGAAUUGGAGAGCAAUCGGUUAAAGAUAUGAUCGAAAACCACCGGGACUUGAUUCAGAGUUUAGAUUCUGAAUCAAAAGACUCUCAAAGUUAUUUAUUUUUCCUCAAAUUUGUUGAUCUAAUCAGAGAAUUUUUCAUUGAUGCCGAUAAAAUUACUUGCUGAUUCAGUCUAAUAGAGAUAUAUGAGAUGUUUAAAGAUGAUAUCUUAGUUGAAGAACUCUUUAACAGAACUAAGAAACUAGACAGCUUUGAUGACCUCAUAUUUGAAUUGAGAAACAAUGUGUUUAUAUUCACAGAUUAUGAUAAGGAAUACCUUAUCAUCAAGAAUGCAGUUUCUUGUUUGUUAAAUAAGUGGGCAAAAGCAGUGACUAAUCAAGAACCAGAUGAAUAUGUUUCAAAGCUAGUAUCAUUGAUUAUCAAAUAUAAUAAGCAGUUCUUCGAGAGGCAUUCCGACCGAGCGGAUCAGAUGGUGGAGAUUAUCCUCAAAAUUGUCAAUAUCACUGAUCCAAAUCCAAGAUUAUGGAAGAGAAAGAAAGAAUUUCUAAGGAAAUCAUUGGUCCAUCUCAAAAAUAAUGAGAUUGUUGACUCGGUCUCUAAUGUCUAUGUUGAUAUGGUAUGCCAAGAAGAUGAAAAUAGCACGAAGGAUCUAAUAAACUCAUAUCUCCAGAAUCAGGGUUCUUCUAUCUCUGUAUUUGAAGAGAAAAUGCUUUGAAAAAUUUGCAUUUAUGAAGAAAAAGAUCUUCAUAAAAUCAAUGAAGGAUUUUACCUAGUCUAUCAAGCAGUUGAAAUUAUAAAAUCUGAAAAUUUUGAAAAUAUCCAGGAAGAAAUUAACCGUUAUGUGGCUAUCCAAGAAGUUUUAAAAGUUCUCCAAAAGUGUAUCUUCCUCUGUGGAGACAACAAAGAAUCUCAAGAGGAAGAAAACAAAUCUGCUAAACUGUGGAACCUCGUUCUGUGUUUGCGUGGAAAAAACAAAACACUACUUGAGGGUUCUUUUCCAGCAAAUUUUCAUGAGAUUCUUGAAGAUAUUGCUCUAAAGACCAAUAAACUGUUACAUCAAGUUGAAGACAUCGUCAAGGAAGCCAGGGCCAAACUUGAAUUGUCAAGACAAGCUGAAGAAUCAAAAAUAGAAGAAGAGUCAGACGAACAAUCAGUCAUAGAUCUGUUAGUCAAAGCUCAAGGACUUGAAGAAAUGGAAGAGUUAGUCCAGAAGGAAAUUAAGAAAUACGAAGCUGAUGAUGAUAGUCUGAAUAAAGAGACCUUUUUGCAAAAAUAUGGUGGGAAAGCUACUGAAUCUAUCAAUUUUUAUAUGCUAAUGGCAGUGGUGUAUGAGCAACAUAAUCCAAUCAUGUAUCAAAGCUUGCAAGAAUUAUUAACUCUAAUGCCAAAAUUCUACCUUCCUUUAUACUUCUGAUUGAAUAAGUCUAUGUUUGAAGGAAAGAAAGUUCCACUCUUAUUCUACAACACUUUUAUAACUCCAUAUCAAAACCAGCAAGAGGAGAAAGCUUUACAUGCAUGUUUGAAAGCCUACAUAAAUGGGAGCAUUCUUUCAAGAAAUGAAUUUUUGUUCUUCACUGAAAUCAUCAACCACCUUUCUGAUGCUAAUAUCGAACAGAUCCAGUACACUCUUGAAAAAUUAGUCAUCCUAGGAUUUGAUGAAGGCCUUCUUUAUCUAGGUUUACUGAUGAAAAAGAUUCUUCAGAGCUUGAAAUCUGUAGAUCAGCAUGAAACUGGCCAAGAGUUUAUUGAUAAUUGCUUCAAAUGUCUCCUUCUCGCCUAUUUUAAAGAGAAGAUAUUGAUCAGCAAGAUUGAUUGUGACAAAAUGCUAAAGGAAUUCUUAGGGUCACUAGUCAAGAUCAGCACUGACCUAUUAAAACUCCCAGAAGAUCUUACUAGUAAGGUUGAAGAGGUCCAGAAGACUCUUGAAGAUAUAAUUUUGUAGAACCUCAAAAUGUCCAUAUG